CAAGUGCUUGGAAUGUGGGAAGGUCUUCAGCUACAACUCCCAUCUGAGAGUACACCAGAGGAUCCACACCGGGGAGAGGCCCUAUGAGUGUGGGGAAUGUGGGAAGAGCUUCAGCCGGAGCUCCCAACUGAUGGAACACCAGAGGAUCCACACUGGGGAACGGCCCUACGAGUGUGAGGAGUGUGGGAAGAGGUUUCAGACCAGCUCCGAUCUCCUCGUACAUCAGCGGAUUCACACAGAAGAGAGGCCCUUCCACUGCUGCAACUGUGGGAAGGGCUUCAAUCAAAACUCCCAACUCAUCAGGCACUGGUGCAUCCACAGCAGGGAGAGGCCCUACGAGUGUCCCGAGUGUAGGAAGGGCUUCAGCUGCAACUCCGACCUGAUCCGGCACCAGAGGAUCCACACUGGGGAACGGUGCUACAAGUGUGAGGAGUGUGGGAAGAGGUUUCAGACCAGCUCUGAUCUCCUCAGACAUCAGCGGAUUCACACGGAUGAGAGGCCCUUCCGCUGCCCCGACUGCGGGAAGGGCUUCAAACGCAACUCCCACCUCAUCAGGCACCAGCGCAUCCACACCGGGGAGAGGCCCUAUGAGUGUGGGGAGUGUGGGAAGAGCUUCUCCAGCAGUUCUGCCUUGACCCAACACCAACGGAGGCACCGCUAAGGGAAGCCCUGCGAGUGCCCCGAGUGUGGGGAGAGCUUCGUGCGCUGCUCCAGCUCC